UGUGGGCGGGCGAUCCAAUGAAGACUUGAACAAUGUUUGAAAUAAUGAACAUGUAACGGAUUAAAAUUUGGGGCUAUUUACUUUGCCUAAUAAUGUCUGGAGCGUUGGCGAGGCUGCUUUUCUACCCCACAUUAGCUUACAAUGUGGUUAUGGAGAAGGUGUCCUCCAGGCAGUGGUUCAAUCGAGUGGACCAGACUGUCAUUCUCGGUGCCCUGCCAUUCAAGUCCAUGACAAAAGAGUUAGUGGAAACACACAAUGUUAGAGGGGUUAUAACCAUGAAUGAAGAGUAUGAAACGAAGUACUUCUGCAACUCAGUCGAGGAGUGGCGUGCUGCAGGGGUCGAGCAACUGAGACUGAGCACCGUGGACCUGACUGGCAUUCCAAGCCUGGAGAAUCUGCAUCGAGGGGUGGAGUUUGCCUUGCGCCACAGGGAGGAGGGCACCAGUGUCUAUGUACACUGUAAGGCUGGACGCUCCCGCAGUGCCACUCUAGCCGCCGCCUACCUCAUACGGUUACACUGCUGGACUCCGGAGGAGGCCUGUCAGAUGUUGGCCUCCGUUCGACCACACAUACUGGUACGCUCUGCACAGCUGGAUGUACUCAGGAAGUACCACCAGCAGGUCUGCACGGGGUAAUGAAGAUGAGCGCAAUGAGGGGCAAGUGGAGGGUUGUGGUGUUUUCCUACAGGAGCUGUUAAAGACUCUCCUCAGGCUUCUUAACUUAUAUAGAAGAUCCAUAUGAUUGAAAUGUUGUCCAGAAGGUUCGUCUGCACAGAGCAGAAGCUAAAAUGAAAGGAAGAAAACAAUUCAGUGUUUAUUUUAAAGAUCAAUCAAUUCAAGCUCUACAAUAUACACUGAAUGUUAUUUUUAAUUUAUAUUUCACAUCAUUCAUAUAAUACCUCAGUACAACUUCCAGUUACUGACAAUCAACAUUUAAUAAAGUUGUUGUGAA